CCUAAAAUGUUGAUUCUACUCGGACUGUUGGUCGGUGCUCUUAGCCUCGCCGGCUGGUGGGUGCAACAGCUCUAUACGUACUGGAAGCGUCGGGGCAUUCCCCACGAUCCACCCAAUUUUCCGUUCGGUAACACCGUUGAACUCCAAAGGACUAUGCAGAUGUCCCACAUCCUCAAGCGAACGUAUUUUAAAUACAAAAACCAGACCGACGGCCCUUUUGUGGGAUUCUACGUUUUUGCAAAGAAAUUUAUUGUGAUAACCGACAUUGAUUUUGUGAAAACUGUGCUGAUUAAAGACUUCGAAAAGUUCCACGAUCGCGGGGUGUAUCACAACGAAAAGGACGACCCACUGACAAGCAAUUUGACUGCUAUUGAAGGUGAAAAGUGGAAAAACCUGAGACAAAAGCUUACCCCAACUUUUACGUCCGGAAAAAUGAAGAACAUGUUCCCCACAGUUUUGAAUGUGGGAGAUGAACUGAUUCGGGUUUUUGAUGAGAAGAUCUCGGGCGCUUCACAGACCCUGGAAGUCACCGACCUUGUGGCCCGUUUCACAGCCGACGUGAUUGGAAUCUGCGCUUUUGGCCUGGAAUGCAAUAGCUUGAGGGAUCCCAAGGCGGAAUUCGUCAGAAUGGGAAACUCGGCGAUUACCGAUCGCCGUCAUGGCAGACUGGUGAACCUACUCAUCUUCGGAGCACCAAAGUUGGCCGCCAAACUGGGAAUUAAGACCAUGCCCCCGGAGAUAGAGGAGUUUUAUUUGAAUAUCGUCAGAAAGACCAUCGAUUAUAGAGUAAGGAACAAGGUAACUCGGAACGAUUUCAUGGACAUGCUGAUCGAUAUUAAGCUGAAAUACGACAAUGGGGAUAAGCAAAAUGGCCUUACAUUCAACGAGGUCGCUGCACAGGCCUUCAUAUUCUUCCUGGCUGGUUUUGAGACGAGCUCGACCACCAUGGGAUUUGCCCUAUACGAACUGGCCUGCAAUCAGGAUGUUCAGGAAAAACUGCGAACAGAAGUCAAUAGUGUUCUGGAGAAACAUCAUGGAAAACUUGAUUACGACAGCAUGCGGGAGAUGACUUAUCUGGAAAAGGUCAUCGAUGAGACCCUAAGAAAACAUCCUGUGGUGGGCCAUCUGGUCCGUACUGCGACCAAGGACUAUGUGCACUCGAAUCCAAAAUACUUUAUUGAAGCCGACACUGGAGUUCUGGUGCCGACCCUAGCCAUCCACCACGAUCCCGAGUUCUAUCCGGAACCGGAAAAGUUCAUACCAGAGCGCUUCGAUGAGGAGCAAAUCCAACAACGUCCCGCCUGCACUUUUCUGCCCUUUGGGGAUGGUCCUCGAAAUUGUAUUGGUCUUCGAUUCGGACGGAUGCAGGUCGUCGUUGGAAUGGCCCUGCUCAUUCACAACUUUAAAUUCGAGUUGCACCCCAUUAAGACGACGGUUCCGGUUAAGUAUAAGGUCAAAAGUUUUUUGUUAAGCUCCGAAGGUGGAAUCAACCUUAAUGUCACUAAGAUUAGGAAGCACUGAAAUGAUUCAUAACAAAAAGUAAUUGCUCUAGAAAGGAGAAAUGCCUGGAGGGGAAAAUUACU